UCUUUCAUCAAUCUGUUUGUCGACAACGUGAGCAACGAGCGGAGCGGAUAAGAAGGGAAGUGGUUCUCUGGGAACGAGCAUUGAGUGAGUAAAUUUCGGAUUAUUGUUGGAGACUGUUGUAGUUGAUGAUGCCGGAGACUUCUGAGAAGGGAAGGUGAAGGAAGGGAAAUUUGUUUCAUACGACGAAGCGUGUAUGGAAAGAGCAAUUGUGCGACCGUCAAGAUUGCUGACAAGGCAAACUUUCUGCGCACUUCCGAUAGGCUGAUGUUGAUGCUUGAGCCCUAAAUACGAUUACCACCAGGAUUGCAAGAGCUCAUUCCAGAUUCAUGUGUUGUUGUGAAGGAAGCCUUCGAGACUUUUUAAACUUCUCCUAAUCUUAACAACUAACUCCGACGUCACAUUAGGAAGCUUCCCGUCAAUUAUUUUCUUAUCGUUUCUCCAUGUAUGUCUUCUCCAAAGAUCUCUACAUUCGCCAGAGCGCCGGACAAAUGGUCUUCAGGCUAUAGUAGGCACGCAAUGCUGAGUACAAUUUUUCAUUCGUGGAUGACCAGUCUCUUGAAUUUUUUACACAUUGCUGUUACCUCGAAUAAACUUUGCGCUAAGGCCUGAUGACGAAACAGUUGUGCCUCGUAAACCCGUCAUGUCUGGAACUCGUAUGAGAAGUUGGCGUUAUUCUUCAGGCUUAUGAUCACCAGCAGUGCUUUAAUGAAGCCCGAAGACUGAAACAGCUCCUGAUCAUAAGGCUGGAGAGUAAAUAACUGCAUACUAACUUUCGAACUUGAGUCUUAGGGUUCGGUGCAGUCUGGUUGGACUUUGCUUAUUGCUUGCAUCUUAGCUGCAUAAUCUUUGUCUCAAAAUCAGUCGCUUCUCUGUGGAUGCGUUCUGUAUGUCGGAUCAUCGUUUAAUCUCCUCUUUCGGAACUUUAUGAACUUGGAUUAUGCAUGUAAUCUUUGCAUUCCAUCUGCAAGUUCCAAGUCUCCAAGUUCAUCUUAUUCACCGUUCUUUAGAGGCUGAAAUUUCCUUCAUAUGUGUUCGAGAGUUUGUUUUCUUAUUUAUUAUCCACACAAGAACAAGAAUGCUGAACACUCCUGCUGAACGAAGCUUCAACCGACAAGAGAAUACUCUGUGUGCGUUUAUUAUCACCGAGGUUAUCUAGUGAAGUUGUCUUCGGCACUUCGAACUUCCAAUCUCCACGGUGCAUGUAGGUGUCAAUGAAGUCAAGAUCGAGAGACAUAAUUUCCUGAAAGCAAGGUGUAAUUUGCUCGGUGCAAGAUGGAUGCGGUAGAUCAGUACUCGUGGACGGUACUGUCGAGUGGAAGUUCAGGUUUUUCCAUGUCAGAACUCUGUCAACUGGCACACAUUUUGCCCAUCUCCUGAAGGUGAUUUGCAGGAGGUGUUAUAAGACUCCUACAUGUUCACCUCUGCUUCGGGGUUGGCUUUACUGGAAUAAACGGUAAUCAAGGCAUGUCGAAGUAAACUUAAUUUGAGCAGGAGCUUCCGAUAAAUAAAUAAGCGCAAUGGAGGUGAGGACAGGAGAAUUUGGAUGGAGUCACACGCAAGCCGAAAUUCAGGCGGCACUCCUCGAAGUGAUGGGAGCUACUGACGAUGAAGAGCCGAAUUACUAUGACAAAAUUGUGAACGAGAAUGAAGAGCAGUUGAUGUUGGAGUCCAACUUAUCGAGAAAAAGGUUGUACAAAAGGCAGAGUAAAUACCAACGCGAUGCGGAGGAGAGGAAGAGUUUACUGCAAAGAGGACAAUCUCUUGCACAAAAAAAGUCUAUACUUCAUAGGAUGUCUCUAAUUCGAAGUCAACUUGAGACUCCAUCAGAAGAACGGGAGCAAGACUCGCAAGACAAGGAGGACAUACGAUUGGAAACAAUCAGCAGAGAAGGCCUGAAAGCUCUCUAUGAGCGCCAGCUUAAAGUGGGAAAGGGUAUAGGGCGAGGACCUUAUAUCGUGCCAUACAGAUUUCUUGGAACUCCUGACCUCAAAAGGGAUGACUCAUUACUACCGAAAACCUUCCAGUUCGCCAAACGGGAGAAGUUCACAACUGCGGAGCCUGUUGGUGAGAUAUGUUCAAAUCUGGGAGGCCAACCCAUGGUGCUUCCCUUGGAGUUAAGAGCAGCUUAUUGGAGCGGUGGACGCUGGUGUGGAACAACAUCAACGGCCAGUCAGGUUUCGCUCGACAGUGGGUUCAAUUAUUUGUAUCAAGAAAUUGUAAAUUCGGAGAAACGGCGUGUUAACUGCAAGACAGGGAAGUACUUUCUCCAGAACACGAAUACAGCACGGGGAAGAUUUAGCGAUGACUCUGCUGUGCCACAAGAGACCAGGCAUCUGAGUUUCGUGUCCGGGUUCAAUAAAAGGCAGCACUCUAAGCGUGCGUCAGUGGCAAAACCAUUCAUACCACCUUUGCCACUAAAGUCCCUCCCAAAGUUCGACUUGGACGAACAGCUUAGCUUCAAUCAGGAGAUACUUUCUGCCUACAGAGAUGAAUCUACAUACAGAGAAAGGCUGGCAUCUCAAAGGGCGAAAUCCCCUGAACUGGAAAUUUCAGAGGGAGAGCUACAACAGGCUGCCACAUUCGGAACGAAUGGGUUCCCUUUAAAAGCUUGCGAGGACACAAGUCUGAGACAACUAGAGAGUAUAUUGGAGACGAAGGCAAGCUUUCGUGCAAUGCAGCACGACCUGAACACAAAACUUGUUAACUCGUUGAGGGCCAUGGAGACUGCCCGGCCCUAUCAUUUUGCCCACGAGUUUACAUUGAAGGGUGGAGGAUCUCAUCGACCUAAAAUAGCAUGUGAUCCAGCCGCUACUCCUCGUAGGGCGGAUGCUCUCCGGGCCCACAUGGAGAAGUGUCGCUGGUUUGAGGAACUCCUCAAAAUGGCUUACCUUAAUGGACGGCACCCAACCAAGACAGAGCUCUACAUGAUACAAGACAUCCGUAGUGUGUUGGACCAAGGCAACGACUACACAUUAGACGAAUACACAAAUUUGAUUCAAGUCCUUGGGAAGAAGAAGAUGGAUAUGUAUAGUCAUUAUCCUGAGAAAGCUCUUGUUCAUGUGAAAACCUCAUUGCAGCUGGAUGACGUGGAACUUCUGAGCAACCUGAUAGGAGCAAGAUCAAGACUUCCAGCUUGGCUUGAACGGCAGACGAACCUCGUGAAGCAGGUCAUCCGAGAUUUGUCACCCAACAGGUUUCCGAUGAGUCAGUGGUCCGACAAAUCGAAGGCCAGGAAAAAGUUUCAGUAUCAUCCCAGACAUCCUCCAUCAACGAAACACCGUAAGCUUGUGACACCCCACGAACAAACUGCCUCAUGGAAGAAGCGUCCCACCGACAAGGCUCAAACGGCCAGAUUUUGAAACUUCUCGAGCUCUCCAUUCUCCAGAUUCCACAUGCGAUUCUUCCAUACUACUUGUAUCAACAAAUUCAUGCAACCUCACGGCAAAUGGAACAAUGGCAAAAAUGAAGAGAAAACCUAUACAACGAUAAUGGAACAAAGAGAGUCAGGGCCUCUCUCGAGAUAUUUUUCUUCCUUUCUUAUUAUACACGAGAAUGCUGGAUGUUUUGCAUUAGCACUUGACAGAUGGGCUUACUGACUACACCCAAUGGUAAGUCCAUCUGAUUGAGUUUCGUCCGGUGGUGGCAAGGACUACCAUGUAGGUUGCACUUUUGUAGAACAGGAAAAUGCUACCCACAUAGCACCAAGUGGGUUAGGGUAUCGAGGAAUAAAAUAACUCAACCGGUGUAGCCAAUAUGCUAGGCCUUUACUACUGUUUAUUUUUGCUUAGGACUAGUAAUGGCAAGGGAACAUUAUGAAAAUUUAUCUUUUAUCACUGACACAGAUCCAUAUCGUGGUAUUAUAUUCAUGAUGUCUAGAUUUUAUACACGGAAGGACUGAUUCAGAUGUGUUCCCU